CGGACCAGUCUCUCUGUGUUCACGGUAAAGAGAGAAGAAGCGCGGCACGAAAUGGCACCCGGCGUGGUAAUGGCGCGAAACACUUGACUUGGACGCGGACGAUGCGACCUGUUCGCAACGACGAUGCGAUUCGGUCCGUGCUCGAAACACCGGUGAGAUCGCGAACAGAUCGUUUCCCUGAUUCCGGGCACGAAUCUCCUGCUACGUUUUUAUGAAUGCGUACGUCACUUGGUGAAGUAACAUCGCGGAAAAAGCCGGAACAAUGUACGGCAUGCUGUUGGAGAGUGUGCAGUACUUCGUGCAGUUAGAGUAUGGCGAGGAAGUGUGGCUUCAGCUCCUGGAAAGGGCUGAUUGCAAGCAUAUGGUUUUCAACACGCGACAGACGUAUCCUGACGAGCUUAUGACCACUUUAGCUGCUGCCUUGGCUGAGUUCAAUGGAGAAUCCAAGGAUGACGUGAUGCAAUUUUUCGGAAAAUGUUUCGUUAGAUUUUUCAGCAACCUAGGAUAUGCCUGCAUGAUAAAAGCCACUGGUCGUUACUUUUGCGACUUUCUGCAAAGCGUCGACAAUAUCCACAUGCAGAUGAGAUUCACGUAUCCAAAAAUGAAAAGUCCUUCGAUGUACACUACGCACAUCGACCCACAGGGUGUAGUGUUAGUCUAUCGAAGCAAUAGGAAAGGAUUCACGCAUUACUUUAUGGGUCAGCUAUUUCAAAUAGCAAAAGAACUGUACGAAACAGAUUUAUCCAUUCGAGUAUUAGGAAGUUCGAACAAUAUCCCUGGAUCCAGAAGCGUAAUGGUUAAAUUUAGAAUCGAUUUUGACAAUCGUGAAUACAUCGCGAAGAACAACAGAAUGAAAACUCCGCUUAGCCGCGAAUUAGCGCCAGUGUCAAUCUCGUUUCUUUUACGUCUUUUCCCAUUCGGAGUGGUGAUCAACACGGAUAUGCAAAUACUGGGAGCCGGUGAUAAAUUGCUGCAAGCAUGGGGUGGCAGUUCGUCCAUCUUGAAUAAGCACGUCACGGAUGUCUUUAAGCUGCGUAGGCCUAAAGGAAUAUCUUUCACGUGGGGAAACGUGAUCUACUUGCAUUCGGUGAUGUUCGAACUGGAGCUGAUGAGAUCAAACGAUAACAGUGGUUCGUCAAACUCGAACAAUACCGCGAGCAGUAGCAGCUCAGGAUUAGACAGACGCGGCAGCCAAGGAGCCAGGAGCAUACUGUUAAAAGGUCAAAUGAGAUACAUCGACGACAUCAAGGCAAUCAUCUUCUUGUGUAGUCCCUUAAUUAACAGUCUAGACGAAUUGCUGAACAUGGGCCUGUACCUGAACGACCUAAAUCCUCAUGGACUGAGUCGCGAGCUAGUCCUCGCCGGAUGGCAGCACUGUGGAAGAUUGGAGAUGAUGUUCGAGAGGGCUGAGCAAAGGUCGACCGAGUUGGAGAACAGCUACGCGUUGUUGGAUCGUUGGAAGAACAAGAGCGACGAGCUUUUGUACUCUAUGAUCCCUCAGACGGUCGCAGAUCGAUUGCGCGCUGGCGCGAGCCAUUUGAGCACUUGCGAGUCGUUUGAAUCUAUAUCCGUGUUGUUCUGCGAGCUAUGCGACUUCGACUACUCGACGAUCGAAGGUGCCAUGGACGUCGUUUCGUCGAUGAACGCUGUUUUCUCGUGUUUCGACUCCCUGAUGGACGAAUUCAACGUAUACAAAGUAGAAACAGUUGGCCGAGUUUACAUGGCAGCCAGUGGAGCACCCGAUAGAACGGAAAAUCAUCCACAGAACAUCGCAGACGUUUCGUUGGAGCUACUGAAACACGUUCGAUCCCUUAAGCUACCAUCUGGCCUUGAUAUACAAAUUCGCAUAGGAAUCCAUUCUGGACCAGCUGUAGCAGGUGUAGUUGGCAUCAAACUACCUAGAUAUUGCUUCUUCGGUGACACGGUGAAUACUGCCUCUAGGAUGCAGACAACCAGCUUGCCAGGAAGGGUGCACAUCUCAUCGGACACCAAAGCGUUAUUGCCACUGGAUCGCUAUCACAUUGAGUCACGCGGACUGGUUUGGGUCAAGGGUAAGGGUGACAUGGAAACAUAUUGGUUGUCUGACAAAGUAGAAACCGAGGUUAAAACCAUGGAGGAGAGAGCCGCUAGACCGGAAGGACUUCUAGUCACUGAUAUUUAACACACG